AUGUUUUUUAGACUUUAUUUAGCCACGGUACCACUACCAAAGAAGAAAUUUCAGCUGUUCACAGUGCUGAAUAUAUUAUUUCAGUCAUACACUGUCAUCGGUUAUAUACACAUAUCUGCACAAUCCUCAUCAUCAACAGAUGAUUAUCGUCUUGAAAUUGACUUCACCGUUUUAUAUUUCACACUAAAAGUGACUUUAUACCUUGCUAUGAAUUAUGUAAAAAUGUUCAUGUUUAUAUUUUUCUUCAUUUGA